UCUACGGUUUGUGUGUGGAAAAGUGUGCUAGCGGAGCAGAAGUGGACGGAAAUUGCUAAUGAAAGAAGAAGGUAUCUAGGUUUAGCCCUCCCCCCCUCCUCACAAAGAUGACCAAAUUGGGCUUUCUGCGGCUCUCCUAUGAGAAGCAGGACACACUGCUGAAGCUGCUCAUCCUCUCCAUGGCUGCCAUACUCUCGUUCUCCACUCGCCUGUUCUCUGUGCUGAGGUUUGAGAGCGUCAUCCAUGAGUUUGAUCCGUAUUUCAACUACCGUACCACCCGUUUCUUGGCAGAAGAGGGUUUCUACAAGUUCCAUAACUGGUUUGAUGAUCGGGCAUGGUACCCGCUGGGCAGGAUUAUUGGUGGCACCAUUUACCCAGGCCUGAUGAUCACCUCAGCGGUGCUCUACCACGUGCUCCACUUCUUCCACAUCACCAUCGACAUCCGCAAUGUGUGUGUCUUCCUAGCACCGCUCUUUUCCUCCUUCACAGCCAUUGUCACCUACCACUUUACCAAGGAGCUCAAGGAUGCAGGUGCUGGACUUCUUGCUGCAGCCAUGAUUGCAGUGGUACCUGGUUACAUAUCGCGCUCUGUCGCCGGCUCAUAUGACAAUGAAGGUAUUGCUAUCUUCUGUAUGCUGCUGACGUACUACAUGUGGAUCAAAGCAGUCAAGACAGGUUCCAUUUACUGGUCCUCUAUGUGUGCCCUGGCAUAUUUCUACAUGGUGUCCUCAUGGGGUGGCUACGUGUUCCUGAUCAACCUCAUCCCCCUGCACGUGCUGGUGCUCAUGCUCACAGGCCGCUUCUCCCACCGCAUCUAUGUGGCCUACUGCACCGUCUACUGUCUGGGCACCAUCCUUUCCAUGCAGAUCUCCUUUGUGGGAUUCCAGCCUGUGCAGUCUUCAGAGCACAUGGCUGCCUUUGGAGUGUUCGGCCUGUGCCAGAUCCAUGCUUUUGUGGACUACCUGAGGAGCAAACUCAACGCCCAGCAGUUUGAGGUCCUUUUCAAGAGUGUCAUCUCAUUGGUGGGCUUUGCCCUGCUUUCCAUCGGUGCGGUGCUCAUGCUGACUGGUAAAAUCUCUCCCUGGACUGGACGUUUCUACUCCCUGCUGGACCCCUCCUAUGCCAAGAACAACAUCCCCAUUAUUGCCUCUGUGUCAGAGCACCAGCCUACCACCUGGUCCUCCUACUACUUUGAUCUCCAACUGCUGGUCUUUAUGUUUCCUGUGGGGCUGUAUUACUGCUUCAACAACCUCUCAGAUGCCAGGAUUUUCAUCAUCAUGUACGGAGUCACCAGCAUGUACUUCUCUGCUGUCAUGGUGCGUCUCAUGCUGGUCUUGGCCCCGGUCAUGUGCAUCCUCUCAGGCAUCGGUGUGUCCCAAGUGCUCACCACCUACAUGAAGAACCUGGAUGUUAGCCGACCUGACAAGAAGACCAAGAAGCAGCAGGAUUCCACGUAUCCCAUUAAGAAUGAGGUGGCCAGUGGGAUGAUCUUGGUCAUGGCCUUUUUCCUCAUCACCUACACUUUCCACUCAACCUGGGUGACCAGUGAGGCCUACUCUUCCCCCUCCAUUGUGUUGUCUGCCCGUGGGGGCGACGGCAGCCGCAUCAUCUUCGAUGACUUCAGGGAGGCCUACUAUUGGCUGCGACACAACACCCCAGAGGAUGCUAAGGUGAUGUCGUGGUGGGAUUAUGGGUAUCAGAUAACAGCCAUGGCUAAUCGGACCAUUCUGGUGGACAACAAUACAUGGAACAACACACACAUCUCUAGAGUAGGCCAGGCAAUGGCUUCCACUGAAGAGAGGGCCUAUGAGAUAAUGCGUGAGCUUGAUGUGAGCUACGUGUUGGUGAUCUUCGGUGGUCUUACAGGAUACUCAUCAGAUGACAUUAAUAAGUUCCUGUGGAUGGUGCGUAUUGGUGGCAGCACGGACACUGGGAAGCACAUCAAAGAGCACGACUACUACACCCCCACUGGAGAGUUCCGUGUAGACCGGGAGGGUUCUCCUGUGCUGCUGAACUGCCUCAUGUACAAGAUGUGCUACUAUCGCUUUGGCCAGGUGUACACAGAGGCCAAGCGCCCCCCUGGUUAUGACAGGGUGAGGAAUGCUGAAAUUGGCAAUAAGGACUUCGAGCUGGAUGUGCUGGAGGAGGCCUACACUACAGAGCACUGGCUGGUCAGGAUUUACAAGGUGAAAGACCUGGAUAACAGAGGCCUCUCUCGAACAUAAAGGUCUUUGCUGCCCAACAUCCACAUGCCCUUUCAGCACGCAGCACUGAAGACCUUCCCAUAUGAUCACCCAAUAAUGAGCGUGAAUCCUUUUUAUACUUUAGUUUGUAAUUGCAGGAAGUUUUUUUUUUUUUUUUUUUAUUUGCGUGUGGCAUUUUUUUCUGGAUUAGAAAGGGAAAGUGUCACAGCGUCAAAUAUGUCAAUGGAUGUAUGCUGGCAAUGCCCAAGAGACCAGAUGGGAGGUUUUGCGCUAUGGGUUUUUACAAUGUGGUCAAAUAAACUGAUGGCUUAAA